UUUAUACACAUCACUUUAUUUUCCAGAAGAGUGGACCCAAAACAAGGGACAAAUGUAAUGUAUUUCGCAGUUGUAAAUCAAACAAAUGAGGGAAGUCGAUGAAUGAUGCGUAACGUUACACAAAUGUGAGCACGGUUUGGAGGAGCUGCCCUGGUUCUGUUGUAAAGAUGGAUGUUGUGUGCUGGCUGUUGGGUCUACUGCUGUAUUCUCUUCCACGCUGCUGGGGUCAGGAGGAUCAGGAAGUGUUCUACACAGGAGACCACGGGGCCUUCCAGCCCCAGAGCGCUCUGACCGACAUGGAGUUCGCCGCCGCCGUCGCCUCCUACAGAGGCCCCGGCAACAACGACUCCCGUGGCAACAAGGAGCUGCCCAUCAUCCUGUGGUGGAGCGCGGGCCUCUUCCCCCACUUCCCCGGCGACACGGAGCGCAUCGACUGCCACCACUCCUCCUGCCUGGUCACGCGUAACCGUAAAGUGCAGCUCUACAAGCGCACGUCGGCCAUCAUCUUCUACGGCACGGACUUCCGGGCCUACGAGGCGCCCCUGCCCCGCUUACCCCACCAGACGUGGGCCCUGUUUCACGAGGAAUCGCCCAUGAACAACUACGUGCUCUCCCAUGGCCCUGGCAUACGUCUCUUCAACUACACGGCCACGUUCAGGCGCGAGUCGGACUACCCGCUCACCCUGCAGUGGCUGCCCUCGCUGGAGUACCUGCUGCGGCCCACGGCCGUGUCCCUGCAGGAGAAGAACCGCUGGAGGAGGGAGGGCCUGGCGCCCGUGCUCUACAUGCAGUCCCACUGCGACGUGCCCUCCGACCGGGACCGCUACGUCCAGGAGCUGAUGAAGUACAUUGAGAUCGACUCGUAUGGCAAGUGCCUGACCAACAAGCCCCUGCUUGAGCGGCUGGAGGACACCAGCACGGCCACGGGCGAGGACGGCGAGUUCAUGAGCUUCGUGGCGCGCUACAAGUUCCACCUGGCCCUGGAGAACGGCCGGUGCUCCGACUACAUGACGGAGAAGCUGUGGCGGCCCAUGCAGCAGGGCUGCGUGCCCAUCUACCGCGGCUCACCCUCCGUGGCCGACUGGCUGCCCAACGACCACUCGGCCAUCGUCAUCGACGACUUCCCCAGCCCCAGGAAGCUGGCCGAGUUCAUCCUGGCCCUGGACGGCGACGACGCGGCGUACUCCCGCUACUUGGAGUACAAGACGCCCAGCAAGAUCACCAACUUGCGACUGUUGGAAGGGCUGGAGAGCAGGGAGUGGGGCGUCAACGACAUGAGCAAGCCCAACUACCUCAACGGCUUCGAGUGCUACGUCUGCGACCAGGAGAACAAGAGGUUGGCGGAGGAGAGGAGGCAUCGGCAGAACCCGCAGCUUCACCCGGCGCCCUCGCCGAAGAUGGCCAACAACUCCCACAUGGGCUGCCCCCUGCCCAGCCCCGGGUAUGGGGAAGUGCAGGACGUUCACCCCGAUGAUAGCUGGCUGCAGAUGUGGCCCCAAGAUUACUGGCAGAGUUUGGACCAGGCCGAGGGCUUGGAGUCCCUUAUCAGACAGAACGAAUCCGACCCCGCACUUUUGUGGCAACACAUCCAGAGGAUCGCCACAAGGAGAGCCAAAGGUCACUGACGCGCUCGUCUGAACCAUGGCACUCGUCUAAACUCUGUUGUCUGAACUGUGGCGCUCGGCUAAACUCUGUUGUCUGAACUGUGGCUGAAACACUCGCUAUCAAAGUUUGACCUCAGUGUUUGUCACCCCAGAGAAACUGCAAAGACUCACAGUCACUUUACUAUCUUUUAUACCAAUCAUGAAAAGGUCGAUGUUAAUUUUAGAUGCAUGAAAGCAUCCUUUGUUGUUUUCUGUUUUUUAAAUGGUGCACCAUUUCAACACUAGAUAAGCAACUGUCUUGGAUACAAAUGGUGAAAAGGUCAAAAGGUGUUCAAAACUAGAGAAGCAAAUGGCAAUCAUGUGUACAGGACAUGUGAAUGUUUUUAGUUUUUAAAAAAUGGAAAAAGUAGUACUGGUAAUACAGAGUCGGCAAAGCACAACCACCAAAACUAUUGGCUCUCAGGAAGUAGACUUUUGUUUAUGGAAAAGAUACAAAAGACAUUUUAACGUUUCAAAUCUUCUUGAGUGCGGUGAAGCCAAAUUCAUGCUUAACUACUUGCAUAAUGAACAUGCUUUGUUGUUGUCAGUUAUCUUGUGCAGACAGUGUUAAACGGAAGCUGUAAUGUUUACAUUUUUUAUACUCUUUUAUUGACUUUUGAUAAAGUAAACAGUGUUAUAAAUAUGAUGCAAAUACACUUCUUUUCAACUAA